GACGUCACUGAAGCGCCCUGGCUCUCCUGAGCCGCUGGUCCUGCUGGCAAAAGAUGGGAAAAUCAGAUAGACAUCUAUCGACUAAUUAACAUAAAAUAACGGGUUUUGCGGCCGAUUUCCGAUUUACAGAGGAUUCAGUAUUGGCACCGAUUUGAGCUCCACCAGACAACGAGAAAGAUUGGUGUCAUAAUUUGUAACACUGGAUAGCUCCUUUUGGAAGAGGAAAGUCUGUCAGCAUUGUCCGUCCCUGAAAGUGGAGCACAUCAGACCUCUAUUUUAUCAUGAACGUUGUGCCCGCCGUCUCCAGUUGAAGCAGGAUCUCCGCCACAUAAAUCUGUGAAAGUCACAAUUACAAAAUCAGGAAGAUACUUGAGGUCAUACAGUUUUGCUGUCAGCUCCAUUCUUCUAUUUAGCAGAAGAUGUACGGUAGUGCCCGCUCUGUUGGCAGAGGGGAUGCCAACCAUAGUGGAGGAAGAGAUGGAGGUGGAACUGGUAAUCAGGGAUCUGGCCGUUCCCCUCGCCUUCCCCGCUCUCCCCGGAUGGGACACCGUCGCACCAACAGCACCGGGGGCAGUGGAGGAGGUCCUGGCGGAGCAGGAGGCAAGACGCUUUCUAUGGAGAACAUCCAGUCCCUUAACGCUGCGUAUGCCACCUCAGGACCCAUGUACCUGAGUGACAAUGAGGUUGCCAUGGCAGGUGACCACAUACCCAAAAGUGGAGGGACAGUGACGACCAUGGGGAGACAGAGGGUGACAUAUGGGUCAAGGGGCAGCAGCAGUGGGGUUGUGGCUGCGAGCACCCCCAACAUCUCCACCUCAGUGCCUGGCAAUGCCGUGCUGCCAGCAGGCAUGAUGGCAGGUGACGCUCUAGCUUUUGGGGACCACCACAUGGCCUCCACUGUUCCCCAUUCUCUCAGGCAGGCCAGAGACAACACCAUACUGGACCUGCAGGCCCAACUGAAAGAGAUUCUGCGUGAGAAUGAGAUGCUGCGGCGAGAAGUGGAAGUUAAGGAGAGCAAGCUCAGCUCCUCCAUGAAUUCUAUCAAGACCUUCUGGAGCCCAGAAUUAAAAAAGGAGCGAGCUCUCAGGAAAGAUGAGGUUUCUAAGAUCACUGUGUGGAAGGAACAGUACCGUGUGAUUCAAGAUGAAGCACAGCAUCUCCAAAUGACUGUUCAGGCUCUUCAAGAUGAGCUGAGGAUCCAGAGGGAUCUAAACCAGCUGCUCCAGCAAGACCCCUCAAUCCAAGGCCGGGACCUAGCCCUGACCUCUGAACCUACGGAGGAGAACUACCGGCGGCUACACGCAGAGCAUGAAAGGCAGGCCAAAGAGCUCUUCCUCCUCAGAAAGACCCUGGAGGAGAUGGAGCUAAGGAUUGACACACAGAAGCAAACCCUGGGAGCCAGAGACGAGUCUAUCAAGAAACUUCUGGAGAUGCUGCAGAGCAAAGGGCCAUCUGCCAAGGCAUCGGAGGAGGACCAGGAACGGACCAGGAGACUGGCUGAUGCAGAGAUGCACAGGCAUCACCUUGAGAGUUUACUGGACCAGAGAGACCGAGAGAUUAAUGCACUACGAGAGGAGCUGCACCGUCGAUACGAGGGAACCCCCGAGUCCACCAAAACUAAGGCUCUACAGACCGUCAUCGACAUGAAGGAUGCAAAAAUCAAUUCAAUGGAGCGGGGCCUGAGAGACAUGGAGGAGGAGUUGCUAAUGCUGAAGUCCAAUGGACUUCUGAGCUGCGAGGAGCGUCAGGAAGAGAUGAAGCAGAUGGAGGUCUACCGCAGCCACAUGAAAUUCAUGAAGAACAAGAUGGAGCAGGUGAAGCAAGACCUGUCCAGGAAGGACUCAGAGAUGCUUGGUUUGCAGACCAAGCUGGAGACGCUCACCAACCAGUUCUCAGACAGCAAGCAGCACAUUGAAGUCCUCAAGGAGUCCCUCACUGCCAAGGAGCAGCGAGCUGCCAUCUUACAGACAGAGGUGGAUGCCUUGCGCCUGCGCUUGGAAGAGAAGGAGGCAACUCUGAACAAGAAGAGCAAGCAAAUACAAGAAAUGUCAGAAGAAAAGGGCACACUCAACGGAGAGAUCCACGACCUCAAGGACAUGCUGGAGGUCAAGGAGCGCAAAAUUAACGUGUUACAGAAGAAGAUUGAGAACCUGCAGGAGCAGCUGAGGGACAAGGAGAAGCAGUUGACUAGUCUGAAGGAGAGAGUAAAGUCUUUGCAGGCUGACACUUCCAACACUGACACUGCUCUCACAACACUGGAGGAGUCUCUGGCCGAAAAGGAACGCAUCAUUGAGCGUCUAAAAGAGCAGCGUGACAGGGACGACCGGGAGAAGACCGAGGAGAUUGACUGUUACAAAAAGGAACUGAAAGAGUUGAAGGAGAGACACAGCUUACUGCAGGGAGACCUGUCAGACAGAGAGACGUCUCUGUUGGACCUGAAGGAACAUGCAUCAUCCCUGGCCUCCUCCGGGCUGAAGAAAGACUCCAAACUCAAGAGUAUGGAGAUCGCCCUGGAGCAGAAGAGAGAGGAGGUCCUCAAAGUGGAGAAUCAGCUUAAGAGGGCUCAAAAUGCAGCCCUGGAGGCUCAGGCCAACACUGAGCUGGCAGAGCGCAUUAAGAACCUCGAACAGGAAGUGGCCCGCCACAAAGAGGAUUCUGGGAAGGCCCAGGCUGAGGUGGACCGUCUGCUGGAGAUCCUUCGGGAAAUGGAGAAUGAGAAGAAUGACAAGGAUAAAAAGAUUAAUGAGCUGGAGAGGCAGAUGAAGGACCAGACGAAGAAGGUGGCGUCUUUGAAGCACAAGGAGCAGGUGGAGAAGAGCAGGAAUGCUCGACUCAUGGAGGAGGCUAGGAAGCGGGAGGACAACAUGUCCGAGAACUCCCAACAGGUGAAGGACACUCUGCGUCAGAAGUCGGAGCGCAUAGAGGAGCUGGAGGAGGCGCUGAGAGAAAGCGUUCAAAUCACUGCUGAGCGAGAGAUGGUGCUGGCGCAGGAGGAGGCUGCCAGGUCACUCCAAGAGAAACAGAUGGAGGAGCUGCUGGGGGCGAUGGAGAAAGUAAAGCAGGAGCUGGAGUCCAUGAGGGCCAAGCUGGCCUCCACACAGCAGUCUCUGUGCGAGAAAGAGGCACACCUCUCAACCCUGCGAGCUGAGCGCAGGAAACACCUGGAGGAGGUGCUGGAGAUGAAGCAGGAGGCACUGCUGGCUGCCAUCAGCGAGAAGGAUGCAAACAUUGCCCUGCUGGAGUUGUCCUCCUCCAAGAAGAAGAAGACCCAGGAUGAGGUGGCUCUGUUGAAGCGGGAGAAGGACAGACUGGUGCAACAGCUCAAACAGCAGACUCAGAACAGAAUGAAACUGAUGGCAGACAACUACGAGGAUGACCAUCUGAAGACAGCUCCUGACCAGACAAAUCACAAACCCUCUCCAGAUCAGAUGAUACCCCCUCUUCUAGCCCUGUCCCAGAACCGCAGUAAACUCAAGCUCUACAUCGCCCACCUGACAGACCUCUGCCAUGACCGGGACCCCAGCAUCCUCAGCCAGCUCACGCCGCCCUCUCACUACCACCACAGCGACCCUGAACAUUGGGAGGAGGAGCUCCAGAAGAUGAGUGUCAAACAGUUGGAGCGAGAGCUGGAGGUGUGUGAGAAGGAGAGCGGGGAGCUGCAGGAGUACGCCAACUCUGUUCUCCAGCAGAUUGCAGACUACUGCCCUGAUAUCCUGGAGCAGGUUGUCAACGCCCUGGAGGAGUCAUGCUGACAACUCUGACCUCAGACGCAACCCCCGGCUGACCCCUGGUCUUCACAUAAUCUGUAGCUGAGCUCAGGUGCCCCUACCUCCACUUAACAAGGCUCCUGUAAGGAUGAGAGAAAGCUGGGGCAUUAUAUCUCACCCCGCUGAGCUUUUCUUCCUCGCUCCCCUCGUCCACCCUGAUACAAACUUUCACGACUCCGAAGUGCUUUCCUGUCUCGUGUGUCUCCCUAAUGCCAGGCCUGUAAAAUCAAAUUAGGGAUAUUCACAAAGUCUGUUGAAAUUCUGUCAGAUAUGGCACUUUGAGCAUCAGAUUACACACUGAAAACUGAGGUCCUCCUUUUUAAUGACAGCUGUGGCAGAUGGUGGUUAAAAACUAAAGUACACACCUAAUUACGCAGGCAACAGCAUACUGCAGGUUCAUGAAAAGUUAAAAGCUCACCCUUAAGGAUAUGUAAACACUAAAAUUAAAUUUCUGCUUGUAGUAGCCUUAUAAAAUAUUGCACACCUGUAAAUCUGGGACAGGUGCGUUGGGAGAGAAAGGAUAUAAGAUGAAAGAAACUUCCGCACAAAGUCUUGGAGUAUACUGCCAACCCUCCUCUCCCUAGACGUCUUAAUUCACAGCAGGAGCUGCUAGAUCAAGCACAGUUACCUCACCCACUUCUGUCUCAACCUUUUACCCCUCAGAUUCCUCUUAUACACCUUUCAAGUCAAAAGGGGAAGGUUUAUUCCUUACAUGGGACAGGAAAGCACUUCUUGUUUCUGAGAACUGGGGAGCUGCUACAUCUAGAGGGGAGCAGAGAGGAGCUCAGUUCAGUGGGUAUUUCAUGGAGCCAUGUAGAUGCUUAUUUUAUAGUCGUUGUUCCCUAACUAGUAGGUUGGAGUCGCUAGUUAGAAAUACAGCUACUGGUGGCUGAACAUCUGAAUACUUAGGAAAAUGCCACUUUUUAACCAAAUAUAAAUGCAGCAUGUUCUCCAAAUGUUUCCUCUCCCAGCUUGGAGCUAUGGAUCUGUCAUUGUAGCCAGGAUUAAAUUGUAGGUACGUUUUACUGUGUAGUCAGUGACUGGGUCACUGGCACGAGAGGGGGAUCAAGGCCUGACUUUUGACACAGAUCAGAGGUCUGCUUUUACUUACACUAAUUUCUCAAAUACAUAUGAGAGAGGGAAAGAGGGAGGAAACAAAAAAAGCUUUUAUUCUCUGAAACGUAUUAAUUUUUAGAUGGUUUUGCACACGUCCACUUGUUUAUGAGGUAUGCAAUGUUUUUUUUGAGAACGUUCUAGUGGCCUUGGAGCAUGCACAGAGAUCAGUACUGGACCUAAUGCAGGGAUAUUUAUUCCUCUGUAAUAUUGGUGCUAAGGCAUGAUGUAAGAACUUAUGUGAUCCACUGAUCAUUCAGUCUCAUCCAAAGUUUCUAUAGAUGUUACUUAAAGCCCACCUGAUCUUUAGUUUGAAUCACUGAAGAAUACAAGCCACACCCCUUUUUCUUGUAUUUUUCAGAUCACUUACAAAUGCAAGUGAUGCCUCUAUUGUUUUUUGAAAUCGUCAGGGGUGAGGUUUUUAAUUACUAAGUGCAUCUACAUUUACAGGAAAAAGUCACUUUUCAGCAGAUUUUGACUUUUUAGAUCAGUUUGUAAAUAACGUGAUAUUUAACACGUACAGUGACUGAAUAAAGGUAAUUAAGUGGAAGGUGUUGUGCAUUCUUUUAAAAAAAAAUCUGAAAAAGUUAAAAGCAGUGCAGUUGUCUUUUGUGUCUAAUUUUGUCUUCAGGACAAAAUGUGUGUGUGUGUGUGUGUGACAGUACUGCCAUAACUUGCGGAGAGUCACGUUCCAUUGAGAUAUAUAUAUAUAUAUAAAUAUAAUACAUAUAUAUAAAAAUGUUUACUGUAUGGAUAUGCAUUGAAUGUUUGCACAGAAUCUUAAAGAGCGAGCUGCUCUGAACAAAAAUGACCGUCGAGUUAGUGUCUUCAGCAAAAACUGAGGAAAGAAGUGUCAAAAAAAAUCUUUUGUGUCUAAUGUGUGAAAUACAAAUGUUUUCAAACCGUGACUGUGUGAUGGGAGAGUACUUUUCUUGCAUUUAUUUCUAAUAGUCAUUUUUUAUAUAUUUUCACCAUAUGGUGAUGUAAAUUUAUUAUCCUGAGAUCCCAGUGUUGUUGUCUUUUCUUCUUAACUGUUAUGUCAACGUUUUUUGUUGGUUGAUGUCAAAGGCGGACUGCGCCUGAUGGAUAAAAAUAAGUCUCCAGCCAUCAUGGCCCUCCUGCUGUUAUAAGAGGAACAUAAUGUUACAAAACAAAACUGCAUCUGGAGGUUUUCUAACAAACUUCUUAUGCACUGUUGACUUACAGAUAGCUGUGGGUGGACUAACAGUGUGUUUCACUGAAAACAAAACACAUCCACUGGUUUCAGAGGAUGUUAGUUGGAUGCUUGUUUUUGUACUUUUUGUCUCGAGGGUGGAGAUUAAUUUCUCUCCGUCCCUUUUUAACCCCUCACCUCUGGGUUCAGAGAAAGAAGAAAGCAUUUUUUAAAGUGUUUAAUUCCCCUUACUUUGGCCUGUGUGUCCCUGCCCUUGCCUUAAUGUCUCAUCAUCUCUUUUUCUCGACUCCUUAUUGAGGAACACAGAGCUGAUUAAGGGGCUUCUGUCAAGUUCAUGGUAUUUGUUUCUUUUCUUUUGCAUUUGUAUAAGAAA